CACGCAAACGUGUUAAUGAUAAGUAGACAAACUGCUUAUAUUGAUUCAAUCUCAUCCUUAAAUACUGAAGAUAGAUAUGCGUUCAUUUUAGGUUUCGUUAGAAUAACUCGGUGAUAUUUUUGAGCUGCUCUAAACUGCGAUGGAAACGUUUCAAGUAUUUAAUCAACCUCACGGAGCCAGUGAACACGGGCUCGCAUGGCUAUUUUCGAAUUACCAUUUAUGAGCAGAACGUUAAAAGAGCCAGGUGAAAGCGCCGCGCAAAACACCUGUCAGGCCCACAUGACGUAACCGAAGAGGGCGUGUCCCUCGCAACAAACGGGGCAAAGUGCACAGCGCACAGCCAAGAUCGGCCUCACCUUCGUGUCCGCGCGUACUGCGCAGGUGAGUCGUUGGCGGAUUCCAAUUCACGCAAACGGGAGAUACACGUAACCAGGACGACACGCAUAGCAACGUGGUGUUCAGCUCGAGCGACGUUUUUCCAUCAUCAAGUAUAAACAGCUGAGAGGGAGAGAAAGUUCACAGCGAUGAAGGCCUCACAGGUGCUACCCGUGACACUUGUCAUUUCAAUCGCUUUGGUGGGGCUCACUAAAAUACGCGAAAUGAACCAGGACAACGACAAAAGACAGCGCGUGUUUCAGGACAUCAAGCUGCGCGUGACAUACGAUGUGCUGCAAGACCGACAGAGUACGUUGGAAGAGACUAGAAGCUCACUGGAGAAGACCAAGACUGAGCUGGCCGCGGCGGAGGAGGAUGUGGAGAUGGUUCAGGUCAAAGCGAAGGAGGCCAAGCGUGAUUCAGACGUCUGCGUGGCAGGCAAGAAACCUGUGAAAGAUGAGCUGGCAUCAGUAGAGGCAGAAUUUAAAAAUCUCGAAGCUGAACACAAAAAGGAGUUGACCGCCUUAGGAACAGAAUUGGAAAAUCAAAAAAAGCAACUGGCAGCACAGAGCGCCGUGUGUGGCUUCUUGAAACCAGGACCACAACCACCAAGCCAGCUGUGUAGAAAGGAAGGGAUCGUAGUGUCCUCUAAAGCAACACCAAAGGCCGAGGCCCCCAAGGCAGUGGAUCCAAAGGCCGAGGCCCCCAAGGCAGUGGAUCCAAAGGCCGAGGCCCCCAAGGCAGUGGAUCCAAAGGCCGAGGCCCCCAAGGCAGUGGAUCCAAAGGCCGAGGCCCCCAAGGCAGUGGAUCCAAAGGCCGAGGCCCCCAAGGCAGUGGAUCCAAAAGCCGAGGCCCCCAAGGCAGUGGAUCCAAAGGCCGAGUCCCCGAAACCAGAGGAACCAAAGGCCAAGGCCCCCGCAGCAGUGGAUCCAAAGGCCGAGGCCCCGAAACCAGAGGAACCAAAGGCCGAGGCCCCGAAACCAGAGGAACCAAAGGCCGAGGCCCCCGCAGCAGUGGAUCAAAAGGCCGAGGCCCCGAAACCAGAGGAACCAAAGGCCGAGGCCCCCGCAGCAGUGGAUCCAAAGGCCGAGGCCCCGAAACCAGAGGAACCAAAGGCUAAAGCCCCGAAACCAGAGGAACCAAAGGCCGAGGCCCCCAAACCAGAGGAACCGAAGGCCGAGGCCCCCAAACCAGAGGAACCAAAGGCUGAGGCCCCCAAACCAGAGGAACCAAAGGCCGAGGUCCCCAAACCAGAGGAACCAAAGGCCGAGGCCCCCAAACCAGAGGAACCAAAGGCCGAGGCCCCGAAACCAGAGGAACCAAAGGCCGAGGCCCCCAAACCAGAGGAACCAAAGGCCGAGGCCCCCAAACCAGAGGAACCAAAGGCCGAGGCCCCCAAACCAGAGGAACCAGAGGCCGAGGCCCCCAAACCAGAGGAACCAGAGGCCGAGGCCCCCAAACCAGAGGAACCAGAGGCCGAGGCCCCCAAACCAGAGGAACCAAAGGCCGAGGCCCCGAAACCAGAGGAACCAGAGGCCGAGGCCCCUAAACAGGACGUACCUCAAGCAGAUGCUCCUAAGAAGAGAUGAGGAAUUGCAACCGUUUUUUUAAUUUAAGUUUCAAAAACACAACUAUAGAACAACAGAUUGCUUUACAGGACCAGUUUUUAUCAGAGCAGGAAGGAUGACUACCAGUCCAUGACUGGUGUUAAAGGGAUAGUCUUUUUUUUUUUUUUAUGGAACAAAAUCAUUAUUUAAGCCAUAUAUUCAGGUGGACAUACUUUUUUGUUUCUACGAUGGGGCAACAUUUUUUUUUAAUGAGUCGUUUAUGAAUUAAUAUACGUAUUUUGUAUUGGCUAGGUUCAAGGGUUCUCUCACAUUUUUUUUGUAAAUGAAAUUCAAUGUGAUAUAUAAUUGACUAAAAGGAGGAUUGAUUUAUACUUUCAUUGCAUCAUGUUAUCAGUAACUGGAUUUAUUUCUUAGCAGCACAAAGGGUGGUCUUCCGUAAUUCAGUUGUGAGUUAGUAUUGUUUAUAAAGGUUGUGAUAUGUAUACAGUCAUUUUUCAUGAAUGUACGCUUUUUCGGUUGACCUUUGAAUUCUGCGAAAGAUGAGCUGGCAUCAGUAGAUAGAUGGUGAUUUUGUAAAAAUUCAUUAAAUCAUUGAAGACGACUAGCAAUUGUAUGUAAAAGAAGUAACUAUACCAAAAAGUAAAAUAUUUAUUUUUUCUCCGUCACAUUGUGCCACAUCCAUCUAAUUAUUGUGUUCAUUAACAACAUUAAUGUCUUUGUUAACCUUUACCCACUGGAGUACACAAUUGGGAUAUUUAGAAAGAGUAAAAUACAAAUGAUUCAUUUGUAGGUAACUAAUCAAGAUUACCAACUUCAAGGAACAAAACAUUGUUCACUACAAGUGUGUGUACACACACACGUUUUUGUUGCGGGUCCAGUAUGUCAAACUGCUUCAUUUCUAAAUAUACAAACUGUAAUGUGAAAAGUUUAGAACUGACUGUUUUCUGUAUUUUGGUUGCACAGGUCACAACUCGUGUGUGUGUGUGUGUGAGAGAGAGAGACUAAAGCUAAACACAUGUGUGAGGUCAUGUAUCUUUAUCCCCACAACAACAAAUGCAGAUCUGUGUCCUCUGUGAUUUGACUGAAUGUAAAUUGGGACCCUGGAAGAAAACAAAAGCAAAGAAGAGAAAAAGCAAGUGACACAUUCCCUCUUUCUCAGUUCAACUUGCAUUGCAGCUUUUGUUGCUGUACGUUUACACUUUAGCUUUUUAACCUCAACAUUUUUUCCCACUAUAUGUUGGAUAACUCCCCCAACGCUGAAAACACAUAAAUAGGUAUUGAAUAAUCGUUGUUAACCUUGUCUGACUCUCUCUUUCUUAGUGACCCUGCCUCGGGGUGUGUGUGUGUGUGUGUGUGUUUGCCUGGGUGUGCGUAGGAGAGAGCGAGACCAAAGCACUGACCAAUCAGAGAUCACGAAGCCUAUGUCUGUCUCCCUCUAUAAACUUCACUCUGCUCCCCAGUGAAGCUCUAUGCAGUUUGUAUUUGGCUGAUCCUAAAGCUUCACUAUUUAUUUAUUCUGGAGCUUUCAAUAAAAUGCAGUCUUUUUCUCUGUGAAUUAAAUUUUAAACCAUACAGAACAGAUUUCAUCACAGAAAAAAUACUCAAAAGGGGGUCUUUUUUUUUUUAGUUGGGCAUUUCUUUGUUUGUGGAAUAAUACUAGAACAGCUGUUUCUUGAUUUAGCAUCCUUUUAUCAUUCUGGAACAUUUUAAACCGAAAUUCAACUAUAAAUUAAAUAAAUGGCCUUGAAGCCAUGACGACAACAUUCUAUUUUGUGUUAAUUAUUGCGUUUGCUCCUGAAGCUCCUUGAACCCUCUUGUGUUUUUCAGGUUUUGUCCAUUUUAUUGUUCUCAUUGCAAACGUGUCGUG